GCCAGUUCGACUUUCGACGCGCUGCCAGAAACAUCGUAAGCACCGCUUAACCCGAAAAAUAUAUAUACAUAUAUCCCAACCAAUCCCACGAUAAACUGACGCAAUGAGCGCCGUCGAUGCCAUAAUCAAUUAUAAACGCAGUCCCAACGAGGACUUCUACGGCCUGCUCCAUUGCGAUGAGAACUCAUCGCCCGAGCAGAUCCAGGCCGAGUACAAGGUCCUGGCCCUCCAGUACCAUCCCGACAAGAACUCCGGCGACAAGGAGGCGGAGGCCAAGUUCCAGCAGCUAAAGGAGGCCAAGGAGACCUUGUGCGACCCCGAAAAGAGGGCCGUGUACGACAAGUGGCGCAACAGCGGCAUCUCGAUGAGCUACAAGCAGUGGCUGGGCAUGAAGGAGCAUGUCGGUCAGGUGAGAAGAUACACGAUUGCCGAGAAAGUGGAUAAAGAGUCCAUGCACUGGGUGACCCCCAAGACCAAGGACCGCAUGCUGCCGGAGACCGGAGGAGCAGCUGCCCAGGGACCCGGGUCCGGCGCCGGAUGCAGCAGCGGCGGCCUGACCGCAGCCUCGCCCAACCCCGCCCACCGGCGGGCCUCCGAGGGCGGGGCGGCCUUGUACUACGGGAGUCGCAAGGCCGAGUGGGGCGGCGAGAACACCGACGUGGCCAACAAGUUCCGCAACUACGAGAUCUAAGGUGCGGAAGCAGAAGUUUUCACGAGCACAUUCAAAGUCAACCGGAAAGAGAGCAGAAGAAAAGAGGAUUCGGGCAACUAGCCCACAAGUUAUGCAAUUAUAUCAAAAUAUUCGGAAGGGAGGAGAAACUUAUUAUCGAUGUGUAACUUAAGCGUUGCGAACUCCAGAGCACAGAUACUCGUAUAUAGAUGUUUAUAGGUGUACAAAAAUAUAUAUAGAAAAUGGUAAUUUACUAACGUAUAUUUAAGGAAAGAAACUGUAAUUUCAAUAAACUCCCCCAAAGAAAAUCCCAGGCGGAGCGGCAAGAAUUUUAAGUUGAGUAACUUAGUCAAAUUUUAACGCAGAAAUGCAAGUUGAAUAUACACACCAUAUACUAUAUAUUUAUGUAAUCAGUGUAUUUGUAUAUCGAUGUUUCAAAGUACCAUGAAUGUACCCCCAAGACAAUCCCUUGGCAGCAAACAAAACUAAGCUAAAGCUAAAGCUAAAGCUAGAACUGUAACUGAAACUAAACUUUAACUAAACUAGUGACAGUCUAGCAAAUCACCCACCACAAAAAGCGAAAGAAGAGCAAAACAUAUGAAAGACAUAAUGAAGCGAAUUUAACCCUUAUACACAUGACACAUUUGCAUAGUCAAAAAACUUUCACUCGGUGUCCUUUUAAAGAGCAACAAUGCGAAAAGUCUCCAACUGAACUAUUUUACCUACCAGAAAAUUAUUUUCGCAAAAAAAUCUAAAAAAAAUAACAAAAUAUCAAAGGAAAAUCAAAAAAAAAAAAAAAGAAGAGAAAUUUAUAUAAAUGUUUUGAUGGAUAGAGCGGUGAACUUUUCCAACUUAUACAUAUAGCAGAGAAUUAUUGUCAUUAUUAUUGUACUAUUAUGCCCAGAGCAGAGAAAUAAUUACUACAUAAAUGUUGUUGCUGGAUUUAAAUGCAUUACUUAUACAAUUACAUAUGGAUGUUUGUUUUAAGACAUACUCUAUUGAAUUUAUUCAAAUACACACAUAUUGCGGAUAGACCAGACCAGACCCAGAUCAGAUCGGAAAGAUAGGGACAGCUGCAGGCCAAAGGCGUGACCCGUGACCCCCGACCUUCAAGAAGGGCGGGGCCGGGGCAUCAGCAGUACUAGCAAGUACGCAAUUAAUUAGUGUUGGUUCUAACUUAGCUGGCGCAAUGUUUAAGCGGCGAGAGAACAGAACAGAUCACAAAUAAAGCAUCUUUUUGAAAGGGGUUCCCACUCCUGGCGGAACCUCAGGUA